AUGACAGAAAUAUUGCCUUCCCCCCCAACAUCUCCAAACGGCGUUAAUUGUAAACGGGUUUCGUUUGGAAACGACGACGUGAAGACAUUCAUCUAUGAGAAAGAAUCAGAUGAACCAACACCUAUUCUCCAUCGACAAUCUUUCACUGAGCCAGACGCUCCAGUCAACGUCGUUACAGUGACGUCCGAUACGGUCCAACCGGAAUCCCCAAACCCCAUUCCACCCCCCACGCAGAUUGUUGAAAUAGACGAAUUUCGUCGAGGAGGUACUAUAAGCCCACCUCUGCCAACAAAAAAAAUGGCGGAACAUGAGAAUCCAUUCCGACCAGAAGAAAAUCUGUAUCAUGAAGUGGAUCCAAUCGUAGAACAGUAUCUUCAUAAGCCUUUUCCUCCUAGUCGACCAGGAAGUGCCCAAGGAACUCCUGUUAAACAACAAGCAAAUGAUAGUAAUGACAAAUCAUAUUUGAAAAAUGGACUUUCCAAGGAACAACUACUUCCUUCGGAAAAAGUUUCCGGCAACCAAGAACACAUAACUACCCACGAUAGCUACCGACAACAAUCACCAGAUGCUCAGCUUUCCAACGAUUACACAGACGAUCUACCACCAGCGGGCAAAGUGGAACUGGUACAUGUGAAGCGGAAGCGUUGCGGCUGUUGCUCUGUACAAUAA